AUGGAGAGCAAGCUGCUGGUUGGAGGGAGGAACAUCAUGGAUCUCACCAGCGAACAGCAGAAGACCCUGGAGACACGCAGACAGGAGAUCGCUGAGCAGAGUCGUAGAGAGAGGGAGAUUCUGCAGCAGGUGAUGGUUCAGGAUGAAGAGACUCUAGAACUCAGAGAAACAUUCUCCUCCCUGCAACAGGAGGUGGAGGCCAAGACCAAGAAGCUCAAGAAGCUCUAUGCUAAGCUGCAGUGUGUGAAGGCUGAGAUCCAGGAUGUUAAUGAUGAGCACGUCAGGAGUCGACAGGAGCUGGAGCAGACGCAGAACCAACUCACCAGAGAACUCAAGUUCAAGUAA